AUGGAAGAAAAGAAUUCGAUACCGCCGUUGCCUCCUAAGGAGGAGGUUCAAAGAAAUCCGUCGAUCCUGUCCCGCAUAAGUCACGCGAGCAAGCGUGGUCUUGCCCUGUACGAAGAUGACACGAACACGAACAUGCAGACGCUGGCCACGUACCUCAAAUCUAUCAGCGGAGUGGCUACUGACGAUGAGAAAACAAAAAAAACUAAGUUGGGAACCCUGCUUGGCGUUUACCUUCCGAGCAUACAGCAUAUUCUUGGCGUUCAGAUGUUCCUUCGACUCUUGUGGAUCGUUGGCAUUGCCGGUGCUGGCGAGGCAUUCGUCAUCGUGUUCAUGUGCUGUCUUUGCGUAAGCCUAUGUCCCUACGUUGCCGUUCGUUUCGAUAUCAACUUUGACGCGUUAUUUCAGACGUUCCUGACCAGCAUAUCCAUAUCGGCGAUUGCCACCAACGGCAAAGUGGAAAGUGGUGGUGCUUACUUCAUGAUAUCACGGAAUCUAGGCCCAGAGUUCGGAGGUGCCAUCGGCAUACUGUUUUAUUUGGCGAACACCGUUGCAACGUCGAUGUAUUUGGUCGGUGGUGUGGAGAUCCUGCUCCUUUACUUAGCACCCAGCCUGCCUCGUUUCGGAACGUCCAAUUCGCCUGACGAUGAACAGAUGUUCAACAAUUUUCGGCUGUAUGGAACGUUUUUCUUGCUUCUCAUUUUCAUCAUAUGCUGCUUUGGAGUUAAGUUCGUUCAGUUCUUUGCGCCUAUGACCUUGGCGUGUGUCAUCCUGUCAAUCAUAUCCGUGUUCAUUGGCGCGUUUGUCUACAACUCUCAUAGCAGUGAACGGAUAUGCAUGUUGGGCGAUGAACUGUUAUACCGGCAUAUUUUGACCGACGCCAACGGCACCUUCGUGUGCAACCGUACCGAAGUACUGGACAGAUUGUUCUGUCACUUGGAUGCGGACAAUGUCACCGUCUGUGAACCGUACUUUGAGCGUCACGACUUUCAUUUGGUGGUCGCAACUCCGGGUCUUAUGAGUGGCGAGUUGUCUAAUAACUUCAAACCGAAUUACAUGCAAGCGGGAGAAGCAACCGUUGGACAGUUCGGCAAGCCUGAAAGGGAAGUCACACAGGAUAUUACGACAAACUUCUUCAUACUAUUGGCUAUAUUUUUUCCGUCGGUGACUGGAAUCAUGACAGGAGCUAACAUGUCUGGAGAUUUGAAAAACCCUCAGCGUUCGAUACCGAUUGGCACUAUAGCGGCGCAGCUAACUACGUCGAUCAUCUACUUAUGCCUGGUGCUGGUAUACGCCGGUUCUGUCGAAGGCCAUCUACUACGAGACAAGUACGGUAGCAGUUUGGGAGGAACGAUGGUGGCGGGAAAAAUUUCGUGGCCUACGGAGUGGAUACUACUAAUUGGAUCCUUCACGUCGUGCUUCGGCGCCGGACUACAGUGUUUGUGCACAGCACCUCGUCUACUGCAGAGCAUAGCGAAGGACAAUUUGCUGCCAUUCCUGAACCCGUUCAGCGUGGUGACAAAGAGAAACGAGCCUUUUAGGGCCCUUGUGGUUACGACCCUCAUAGCUGAAGGUGCGAUUCUCAUCGGCGGCAUCGACUACGUGGCGCCUGUGGUCGAUUUCUUCUUUCUUAUGUCCUACUGCUUCGUCAACCUGGCGUGCGCUUUGCAAACGCUGUUGAACGCUCCAAAUUGGCGACCACGGUUCCGUUUUUACCACUGGGUGCUGUCGAUCGUUGGAGCCCUGCUGUGCAUUUUUAUUAUGUUCGCCACCCACUGGUACUACGGUCUUGUGGUGUCUGUUUUGUGCGCGUUCCUGUACAAGUACAUCGAAUACAAAGGAGCCAAGAAAGAGUGGGGAGACGGUAUUCGUGGCUUAGCACUGGCCACGGCACAGUACAGUUUGCUACGCAUCGAACAUACUCAGAUACAUCCUAAAAAUUGGAGGCCUCAAGUACUGGUUCUCCUCAAGAGCAGAAAAUACUAUGAAAUUACAAAUCAGAAACUUCUUCAGUUUGCCAGUCAACUAAAAGCGGGACGAGGUUUAACAAUGGUUGCUACCAUCUUAAAAGGAAGCCUCAGUAAUCCUGACGAUCGACAGAGAGUAGAAGAAACGGAAAAAUACCUCAAGGAAUCAAUGCAAAAAGCGAAAGUCAAGGGAUUCACUGAAGUGGUAUUGUGUGAAAAUGUUUCGGAAAACGUCAGCACGGUUCUGCAGUGCGUCGGAAUGGCGAGUCUUCGUCCAAACACUGUUAUAGUUGGUUGGCCUCAUAACUGGAAGGACGGUGUUAAGCGACAGGAGGAUUACUAUUCAUUUCUGGACGCGGUGUACCGAGCAAGCGCCGCUGACAAAUGCCUUCUUGUUCCGAAAGGCUUGGCGUUGUUUCCGCAAAUAGGAGACCAACUAAGCGGGAACAUUGACGUCUGGUGGAUUAUUCACGACGGUGGAUUGCUGAUUUUGUUGCCCUUCUUGCUAAAGCAGCACCGAGUUUGGAGAAACUGCAAAUUACGAAUUUUUGCUGCUGCAAAGACAGAGGACAACACUGUAAAGAUGAAAGAAGACCUGCAGAGAUGGGUCUAUCAACUACGGAUCGAAGCGGUUGUGAACGUUGUCGAGCUGGACGAAUAUGUUAUUCCGGCUUACACAUACGAACGGACUUUACAGAUGACGGAACGAGUCCGCUUAGCUCAUGACCUGCGCUUAACUGCUCGGGAAAUCGCGUCACAAGUACGUUGUUGUUGUGACCUAAGGUUGGCAAAGCCUGAACAUCAAAGCAGCACAAAUUUGCCAUACCUGAACACUUUAGUUGCAGUUUCAGAUUUUUAUUAGGC